CUAUCCAAUACAAUAAACCAAAGGCUCUCGAAAUUACACAACAACUAUCACAAGUUGAGUCACAAAAACAUUAAAGUCCGCAACUUUCUCAGAAACUAGAGCCCCGGUUUUCUGUUUCUUUUGUAUUGGUUCAAUGGCAACCUCAGUUUCUGCAAGUUUGAGUUCGUCGUUCCAUGGAAGUUGGGGGAGUUCGGUUGUCGGAGAAGAUUAUGGGACGCUGGUGAAGGCGGUCCCGAGCCAAGUGAGAGUUGGGAAGGCAGUGAGAGCGCAGCCGAUGAUGAAGAACGUCAAUGAAGGCAAGGGUGUCUUUGCACCUCUUGUUGUUGUCACACGUAACAUUGUUGGCAAGAAGAGGUUCAAUCAGAUUAGAGGCAAAGCUAUUGCCUUGCACUCGCAGGUGAUUACCGAAUUCUGCAAAUCGAUCGGAGCAGACGCGAAACAAAGGCAAGGACUGAUCCGGCUGGCGAAGAAGAACGGAGAACGGCUGGGGUUCCUGGCAUGAUCGAAUCAGUAGAGCAUGGACACCUCCAUUUUGUUGUCACAAGUAGAAAUUUGAUGUUAUAGUGUAAUUUUCAUACUUCAUUCCAAAACGACUUCCACAUGCAUAUACUCCCCACCAGCUGGGAUUCCUUCAACAUCACCACAAUGUAUAAUUUGAUGUCUGCUCUCCAUAACAUAUGCACUUUUCAUGAUCA